AUUCCAGAAGCCAAGUCCAAAAGUACAAUCUCUUUGUCAGCCUUGUUUGUCAUUCUAUAUAACUCUAUGCUUCUCUUUACACCAGCGUUAAUGUUUUCUGUGACUUGUUUUUCCUUUUGAGCUCUCGGUUUAUAGUGGGGUUAAUACUUAAUAGUAAUACCAAGCACUCAAGCAGUGAUGGCUGAUAGGCACCAGUACCCAACAAUCGUACAAAAGUUUUCUGGGCAGAUUCAUUUGAGAUCCACCAUUUCCCCACAUGUUGCAACUUAUUAUGGAGAUUUGAAAGGGCUUGCUCAAUUUCAGCAACAGUUUUCAUUCAAUAAUUUUUCAAACGCAGGGUUGCAGUGUCCUGUUAUGCCUGCAUGCAAAGCUACAAGUAAUAUGCAUUCUGUAGGUUCAGCUGCUUCACCCGUGUUUGUCCAAUCCCCAUCAGAGAAAAAGAAAGACUUUUCAAGCUUUGCUACUGAUUUUCUCAUGGGUGGAGUUUCUGCAGCAGUGUCCAAGACUGCAGCUGCUCCAAUUGAGCGUGUAAAGCUUCUGAUUCAAAAUCAGGAUGAGAUGAUUAAGGCUGGUAGGCUAUCCGAACCUUACAAGGGCAUUGGAGAUUGUUUUGGAAGAACAAUCAAAGAUGAAGGAUUUGUUGCAUUAUAUAGAGGGAACACUGCCAAUGUUAUCCGUUACUUCCCAACACAGGCCCUGAACUUUGCAUUUAAAGACUACUUUAAGAGUCUAUUUAGCUUCAAGAAAGACAGGGAUGGAUACUGGAAAUGGUUUGCAGGUAACUUAGCAUCUGGUGCUGCAGCAGGAGCUUCAUCAUCAAUCUUUGUUUAUUCAUUGGAUUAUGCUCGAACCCGCCUUGCCAAUGAUGCCAAAGCUGGAAAAAAGGGUGGAGAGAGGCAAUUCAAUGGUUUGGUCGAUGUCUACAAGAAAACUCUUAAAUCUGAUGGUAUUGCUGGUCUCUACCGUGGCUUCUACAUUUCUUUAGUUGGAAUCACUGUCUACCGUGGUUUAUACUUUGGAAUGUAUGAUUCUUUGAAGCCAGUGCUCUUGGUCGGAACAUUGCACGAUAGUUUCUUAGCUAGCUUUGCUCUUGGAUGGCUCGUUACUACUGGUUCUAGCGUUGCUUCCUACCCAUUUGACACUGUUCGUAGAAGAAUGAUGAUGACAUCAGGUGAAGCUGUCAAGUACAAGAGCUCUUUCGAUGCAUUCUCGCAAAUUGUCAAGAAUGAAGGUCCUAAAUCUCUCUUCAAGGGUGCUGGUGCAAACAUCCUUCGAGCAGUCGCAGGUGCUGGUGUGCUUGCGGGAUAUGACAAACUUCAGGUGCUUAUGCUGGGAAAGAAGUAUUGACGUCUUACCCAUACAGCACAAGAUGGUGAUGAAAAAAAUAAAAUAGAAUCUAAGACACUUAGAUAUUUAUUUCUGUCAAUUAUUACAUUUUUGCAUAACAUAUAUAGUUUCAUCACAGUACAACUUUUAAUCAUUUCUCCUCUUUGAGAAAUGGUAUAGAUUUUGUAAUUUUGAUUACCCGAAUAAUGCUAUCUUGCUUGUUGAGGUGCCUU